AUGUCAUUGCUGCAAACGACGUCCAUAAAAUCACCGUCCUUUGCGGUAUACGAUACACCACAAUCACAACCAGUACCCCUUACUGCUGUUGCUGCUACGACCACGGUCCUUACAUCCAAUACUACCACAACUACCACACGCUCAUCACCCUAUAUCCAUCAAAGUCAUCAUCAUCAUCAUUACAAUCAACAACAACCACCUGAACAAUGCCAUCAACAGCAACAACAAACAAAUGCCGAUAAAAGCAAUCAACAUCCAACGGCAUCAGCACCGGUAUCACGUUGGCUACCUGAUUCAUCCACAUUUCAUCUUGCAUCAUACAUGCCUACGUCAAAGACACGCCCUGUUCACCUUGUUGCCCAGAAUUAUUGUCUCCAGCACAAAAGUUAUUAUGCCUUCAGUUGGUGCCCUUCAUGUGGUACUCUUUUUUAA